AAUGUUGUCAUUACGCCAGGGUAGGCUACGUGGAAAACAUGGAGGAAAGGGUAUGCAGAGUGAACUGCUAACUGAAUCACACUCCAUUUGAAAGUAUUUUCAGUUUUAAAGACAAUUGAUAAACAAUCUGGACAAAACCUGCUAGUUAGUGGGACGCUGAGGAAAAUAUAAUCUGCCCUUAACUGUUCUGGAAGCCAACAGAGCCACGGAAACUGCGAGAAGCAUUUAUGACAGCAGGAUUUGGCAUAUGCCUGGUGAAUAAGUGGUGAAGAGUGGCCUGUCUGGCAGAAAGGAGCCAGCAAAGAUGGGAGCCAGCACCAGCCAAGUCAAUGAUCUGUCUGAUAACCCCAACCUCAAGGCCCUAGUAGGCACAGUGUCCAUAUCUAAGAAUGACCCCUUCUGGAAUCAGCUCAUCUCCUUCACAUUCAUUAGUCCCACCAGCAGUGGAGACUCCAAGUUACUAGAAGAGGCUGUCAUUCCCUUGGCCAAGACUCUAAUUGAAAACAAUCCCAGAACAGGGAACUUUGGUGCUCUUGUAAGAAUCUUUCUGGGAAGAACCAAAGAGUUGAAAAUUUCAACAGAAUGCCAAGAUCAGUUGUUCAUCUGGCAGGCUCACAAUGCGCUGUUCAUGAUCCGCUGCCUGCUCAAGGUGUUCAUCAGAGAAAUGAGUGAAGAAGAGCUGCACCAACAGUUCUCCUACCAGGAGAGGGCACCAGGCUACUGUGGAGAUGCAGAGAGUGAGGACCUCCUUGAGGAGCUGUUGUCCAACCUUGUUCACCUGAUUGUUGAAGUGCCCCUGCUAGACAUCACCUACAGCAUCCUGUUUGAAGCAGUGACCACAUUGCUGGUGUUCUUCUCCUAUCAGCUCUUCCACAAAGACAUCCUGCGAGAUGGAUUAAUCUACCAGCACAUCAUGAAGGGAAGAUGUUUGUGUUUAACCAGUCGACUUGUGAAGACACUGCUCUACAACUUCAUCCGACAGGAGAAGUGUCCUCCUGCAACCCACAUUUUUGAGCCAAAAGCUGAAGGUGGCCUGUUUUAUGGGCUGGCAUCUGGGGUAGCAAAUGGUCUAUGGAGUGUCUUCACAUUGGGGGGAGUUGGCGUCAAAGCUGGGUUAGACCAGGAACACAACCCCUUGCCAUUAUCCAAUCAGAGCCUUCUGUUACUGCUGGUUCUAGCCAAUCUGACAGAUGGGCCUGACUGGCCCAACCCCUACCGCCAGGCUAUUACAUGUUUCAGAAAUACGCAAGACACGUCUUCGCUGCCUGCAGAGCAGCCGCACAAUUUCCAGAUAAAUUUCAACAGCCUAUACACAGCUCUGUGUGAGCAGCAACGCUCUGACCAAGCCACUCUACUACUGUACACCCUGCUUCACCAGAACGCCAACAUGAGGACUUACAUGCUGUCAAGAACCGACAUGGACAAUCUGGUUUUGCCCAUCCUUGAGAUCCUUUACCAUGUAGAGGAAAGAAAUUCUCAUCAUGUCUACAUGGCCCUCAUUAUUCUCCUCAUCCUUACAGAGGAUGAUGCCUUCAACCGCUCAAUCCAUGAGGUGGUAUUAAAGAACAUCACAUGGUACACAGAGAGGUCAUUGACAGAGAUCUCGCUUGGUAGUUUGCUCAUCCUGGUGGUCAUCCGUACCAUCCAGUUUAACAUGACACGGACAAGGGAUAAGUACCUACACACCAACUGUCUUGCUGCACUUGCCAACAUGUCAGCCCAAUUUCGAUGUCUCCACCAGUACGCUGCCCAGCGCAUCAUUAGUUUAUUUGCUUUGCUUUCCAAAAAGCACAACAAGGUUUUGGAGCAGGCAACACAGUCUCUGAGAGGCAGACAGGGAGACAACACAGCCUUGCCAGACUAUGCCCAGGACUUGAAUGUGAUUGAGGAGGUGAUCCGCAUGAUGCUGGAAAUCAUCAACUCUUGCCUGUGCAACUCUCUACACCACAACCCCAACCUAGUGUAUGCACUGCUCUACAAGAGGGAGCUCUUUGAGCAAUUCAGGACACACCCAUCCUUCCAGGACAUCAUGCAGAACCUUGACACGGUGAUUGGAUUCUUCAGUCAGCGUCUGGAGCAGGCUGGAAGUGACCUGUCAGUUGAGAGGGUUCAAGAGGUCAUCAUGAAAGGAGCGCAGGCCCUGCCAAAAGACAGACUGAAGAAGUUUCCGGAGCUCAAGUUUAAGUAUGUGGAAGAAGACCAGCCAGAGGACUUCUUCAUCCCCUAUGUCUGGUCCCUGGUCUUUAACUCUGGAGUUGGGCUCUACUGGAACCCACAGGGAAUCGAGCUGUUCAGCAUGGACUCUGGCUGAAAAACUGCGUCUUUGUCCAAGAAAUAAAGACUGAUGGAGUGUGUGUGUAUGUGUGGGUGGGUGGGUGUGUGUGGAUUGCCCUUUGUAGUACGUGCACACUGCUUUGAAAGUGCCUCGACCUUGUACAGGAUGGCGUUUCCUUUUAUGCAGCACAACCUCUGUCCUCAUAUCAUAAUAAUUCUUCUGCUUCUUCACUGUGAAGUUUCAUUAGCACUGAUUACCAGUGCACACAGUAGCUCCCACUCAUGCACACUGAGUCCUGUAGUAAAUACCCAUUUAAAACUAUAUACAGAUUUAUAUUAUGGUAAGGAGCUCAGGACGCUGGCAAUUGAAAGGUCAUUUAAAGCAUACACACCUAAAUGUUACUGUUAGUCACGCAUGUCUUCAAAAAUACAAUCUAAAUUUAAUUUCCCAUCUUGUAUUACACUGCGUUUUGAAUAUGAUUCUCAUAAAUUAAUUUUUCAUUAUUCUGAGUUCAGCAAAUUUUUUAUAAAGAGUUUGUGUUUGUCAGAUUAAGUUCCAAAACAGGUCAGAGAAAGUAAAUUUAUCACCAACAGAGACCUCUGUUUAGUUGAAAUAUGCAGCAUUUGCAGCGUUGCUGGUUGUUUAGUGCCACACAUUCAAGUACAGUAUAAUUAAAGCAUAAUUUCAGUCCCAGGAUAAUAUUAGCAAUCUGUAUCAUUCUGAUUCAUGUGAUCUCAUUGUUGCUUCCAGCUCAUUUAUUUGUCUUUACCCUGACUUUGUUAUUAGCAUCUUUCUGGAUGGUAACCCUGGGCAAAAACUUAAACUAGGACAAACAGUAAAUCUUCUUUACUGUUUUGCAUAAUUACAGCCUCCUCUUUAAUUUGUUACUUUAUUUGCAUGUUUAACUAGAAACCUAAGUUAUUUAUUUACAUGCAUAUUGUUUUUUAUAUAUAUUCAACACCUCUAAAUGUAAAUGGUAGUCUGCUGUGACUGCUGCAAAAAAAUAAAAAAAAAAACAAAAUGAAAGGAAAAUGGUGGAAUUAUAAUUAUUUGGUGGAAAACUAGCUUUUUAUUAUAGUACAUAACUUGACUUAAGCUGUCAUUUUGUGGCAAAAUGUCCUUUGAAAA